AUGUCAUUGCAGCACUCCAUUAGACCUUGCUCGUUUCCCUCGAAUGAAAUUUCAACGGCAGAGGACGGUAGGACCUCGCUGUCCAUAUUACCCAUCAAUAAUAUCGACGAUGGCAUUCGUUACCUUCAACGGACUCUUCUAGGAUUCGAUGCCGACAAUCCUCAAAUAUCCUUUUCGAAUCCCGGUUUCUUACCAUGGCAAGAGCAAGUGCACUCUGUACAGAUGGCAAACGAAAACACGAGCAAUAUUCUGGUCGUUCCGGGCUUCGAAUCUCUCUAUAUAACGGCAAAGGAUAUAUGCUAUGUGAAUUACUUGCCCGCGGAGCUUCUGCGAGAGAUAUUUUCGUACCUCUUACCUGGCCGAGAUUGGAAGCUUGAGGCAAGACCUCCCCCGCAACUAGCUCUCGUUGAAGUUUGCAGUUACUGGCGAGACAUUGCACUUUCUUAUCCAACGCUCUGGUCAACGUUCAUGAUCGUCCACCCCAUAGAGCGGCAUAUACCGAUGACUAAACUGUGGUUGGAACGAUCAGGUCAACACCCAAUAACAGUGUACAUUGACCAUCAGGGAUCAGAAUUCGAGGAAACCUUUGCUGCGACGGACGCUGUGAUUGACCUUCUCCGACCUCAUGUCCAUCGCUGGAAAGCCGCCACGUUCAUUUUCGCAUCCGGUAUCCAUUCAUCAUUGUUAGCGCUUCCUCGCGAUGAGUACCCUUUACUGGAAACAUUAUGUUUCGAUGUAACUGGUGUUUACUGUUGGAGUCCGGAUGCUAUAGCACGAGUUGAAGAAAAGUUUUUUCCUUCCUCUUCCCCUAGGUUGCGGAAAGUUACGUGGGAGACACAUGGCUUGUCGCUGAAUAGUCCGCCAUUGGUUCCAUCCACCAUCACGUAUCUUUCGGGGGAUUUUCUAAUGGAUCACUCCUUUUUCGAAUCGCUUUCGAAAUUGAAAAACUUGGAAACACUCCGGUUGCAUGGAAGUGCACGCAAUGGUAUUGUUUUUCCUCCUCUUCCUACCCCUUUGGUUCUGCAUUGUCUACAAACUUUCGAGUUCCGGUCGGACAUCCACACGCCAUUCUUGCUGGAUUCAAUUGUUACACCAAGUCUCAAAAUUCUAGUGAUAGCGAGGCCAAUCGACGAGAAAACUCAGAAGUCAUUGUGUUCUUUCAUUCAGCGAAGUCGCUGUCGUCUCAGCGCAUUCUCGCUUCUCAAUGCCUCAGGGGACGACCUGGAGAACCAAUUCUUGAAAGAAUUCCUUGUCUCCCCUUAUAUGGAGUUCCUCUCCGAACUCAACAUCCUUAGCAGCAAUACAGAUGCAGUUUUCACUAUCUUGGUAGGGGGGGAUAGCAACAAACCUGUUCUUCCUUCUCUAAAUCGAUUAUGGAUUUCGACAUCUUGGUGUUCGGGCGAUCUUUUGCUGCGCAUGCUAGAAUACCGGGCACAUAACUUCCAUCCUCCUACCAGUGCUUUGAUGUCAGAACCAUUGUUCUGCUCAGCUUACCCUCGUCCAUAUGAUUACCUAUUCAUUCCUGUAUCGGGGAUAUCACUUUGCAUUCAGGUUACCCAAUUUACAACCCGCCUCGAGGAAGUUUUGAGAUGGUUCAAAUCUAAUGACCGGGCCCAUUGGAGUAUGUCCACUGCACCGGCGUAUUGGGAAUCAGAUACUGAGAAUUGCUAG